ACCAAAUUGGCAGCUAGAUUCAUCCAGUUAAUUUAGAAUCACAAUUUCAGCUGAAAAAAACAUUGGGAAAUAUGUAUCCGGUGAAACAGCAUCCUUAGAAUGCCCUGAAACAAGGAGGUGUUUUGGGAAUUGCCAUCAGCUGCCUUUGAGUACCAGCAGUGAGGGCUGGAGCCUUAUGGCCACUGUAGGCACAGCUGGGUGAAAGGGACAGGGGCACCUGCAUUUCAGUAUCUUAUAAACAGCUUUUCAUUUGGAUGGUCAUGGCUUAAUGACAAAUGCCAGUUCAGGCAGGGAACAAAGGGUGACAUCUCGGGCAGAGGUGGUGAGUGAUGGAGCCAGGAUAAUCAUUAAACUGAGCUCCCUGUUAGCUCCUACCCCCUGCAGGGAGAGUUUUGCAAACUUGGAAGCUCCAAAAUGUCAGUUCCUGUACAAUGUAUAAAGCAUGGUAUUCAGGAGAGCUUUAGCAAGAGUUUCCUUCUGGAUUAGUGGCCUCAUGCACAUUUUGUAAUGGAAACAGUAGGAGAGUGGUCAUCUUCUCUUCUGCUUACAGACAAGGCCUUCCUAACAUUAACAUUGCUUGCCAUGACAUUGCAAGGAAUUUGUGAGCCAUUGGGGAUUCCCAGGUGAGCAUCAAGAGCAGGCAAAGGUUAAAAACCAACAUCUCCAGGGAGAAACCAAAUAAAGCAGUUCUGUAGAGGAAGUGUCACUAGGGGAGGGUGUGAGUAGUUUUCCAAGUGUCUAAAAGCUUUUCUGCCUAGAGCAAGGCAACAAAUCAGUCUCCAGAUCCAGGAGAUCAUAUUACCACAAAGAAUUAAAUCACAACUUCUUCUUUUUUUUUAACUGAAAGUAAAAUAAAAAUCUAAAUAGCAUGCCUAGGAGGGCAUCCUUAAAAAGAGACUGGGCAGACAUCUAUCAGCAGUGGUUAUGGGGUAGCUGAUCCUGCAUGGAAAUGAAUCAGAUACUUCUCCAGCCCCUUCCCAGACCAAAGUAUAAAGGUGCCUUGCAGGGCUUUGGGGAUCUGGCUCAUCCCCUCACCAUGGUAUAUUAAUGAGUACUGAGCAGACUGCAGAGUCAGGGGUGUGAAAUGCUUCCCUACACCCCGUGGAUCUGUGAGCUCUAAACAUUGCCUGCAGGAGCACAGGGGAUGUUCUGGUGGAAGCUGGAGUGUGGGGCAGGGAGGCUGUGGUACCUUUGCCCUGCAGAGCUGGGGCUGGCACAGCCUUUGCCCCAGAGGAAGGGGAGGGGAUGAGCACAGGCGUUAGUAGGGCAAGGGCUGUGUUGGCUCCUGACUCCAGCCAAGGCAGGGAGGAGGUUGCUGUGCCCUCUGCACUUUCAGCCAGGCCAGCAAAGCUGGAAAAAAUCUCGGUGCCAAGAGAGCAAACUUUCAAGCAGGCUGGUGCCCUUUGUCCCUCUGUCUCAAGGGCAUUGGCUGCCCCCAGCACCAGCUGGAGGCAGCCCAGCACAUUCAUGUGCCUCUGUACCCAGCCAGCAAGGCAGGCACAGCCCCGGGCUGCGAGCAAACUCUGGGCUCUUUGGGAAGCAAAGGAGGAUUUUCUUUCCAUCUGUGGCUUUCCCAUGCCCCAGAGAAGCAUCCCACCCCCAUGCAGGAGCAGUGCAGCCACAAACAGGGAGCAUGGAGCCGUGUUGGGUGCUCUCCUCCCUGUGCUGAAUGGGAGUGCUGGGCAGCUGUGGGCAUGGUGAGCCACAUGCCACGGGGCUCCCUGCCUCACCAACCGAUCCAGGACACACGGCAGCCCUGGACUUCUCAUCUGCACUGAUCUCCCUGAUUAUUGCCUUGUCCUCUGGCAUUUGUCCUCUUUCCACCACACUGUCCUGGUCUCAUCAGUGUGGCUCAUCUGUAGUCAAUAAACAAGACUUGGCAUAGCCCCACACAGGUGGUGUGGUCUUCUUUUCAAUCAGUACCACAAAUGGAUUUGUUAAUGAUGGUGAGUCCUCAGUGUGCCUCCUGUGCACUGAGGCCAUGGAAGAGCAGCAUUUUAGUGAGGGUACUGCUGGCUGGUCAAGGAGGGCAGUUGUUCCUCUACAAAGCGGAAUUUGUGAAUCCACAUUUGGGGGAACCACUUCUUGCUUUGGUUCCACCAUCACAGAGACAUCUUGAAUAGUCUGCCGGAAGAUCAGUGAGAGGGUAGGACAUUCAGGGGCACGGAACACAGACUGCACCAGCACCAAGUAGGGCACAAACUCUGCUCAGAGGUGCACAAAGCAAAUAGGAGAUGUCAGGUACAACAAAGAAAAUUCCAGCUGGACAUUAGGAAAAAAUAGUUUAACCAUUAAUAUGGUUAGCACAGGAAAUGGGCCCCAGAGAGAGGGGAAUCCUCUCACUGGAAGUUUUUAAGACUGGACAAGACUUAGAGCAGCCUGAUCUGGCUUUGAGGGUAGCCCUGCUUUGAGCAGGAGUUGAAUGAGGUGUUCUUCAGAGAUCACUUCCCAACUGAUCUUUUUGUCCAUCUACCCCAACUGUCUAAAGCUUUCCUAAUGUAGUGUCUGCCCUUGACCCUCAGCUAAAGCCUCCUCACCAAAAGCCUCAUGAAUCAUUUUAGAAAUUGCAGACCUGGCCAAACCAGAUGCUUCAAGCAGAAUAUGUCCCCCACAUCUGCCUUCUGCUCCUUGUGCCCAGUGAACUCUCCUGAGGAGAAGCCAUGUUCUUGGUCUGUUAGAUUUCCCAGCAGGAUCAUACCCUGGUCCAUGAGGAGGCAUAGCAGGGCUUACAGAGAUACAAGAAGGUUUUAAUCUCUUAGAAAACCCUGACUCUUCACCUUCUCCCUGUCUGCUCAGGGACCACCUGAGCACCACCUGCUCUUUCGAGGUGGUGAGGUCCCAGGGCAGCUUCCUCUCAUCUUCUGUGGCAGUGUGGUGUUAGACCCUGGAACGUUUCAGACGUGCUGCGGCUUCUGGGCUCUGCAGGGAGGGCGGCAAAGGGGAUUUUCUGCCGUCAUCUGUUCCCAAUUACGGUGGUUUCAGGGAGCUCCUUGGCCCGUUUCCACCACAAUCCCUCAGCUCCCGAGCCCACGCAACUGGGAGGUGGGGCCUCGUGGUGGUGGUAGUGGCCAGAGCACGGUGCAUCACCCUCACAGGACCAGGGUGAAGGGACAGUGCAGACACCACUCUCUGCUCCUGCUCUGCUGGGGACAGGCUGGCCCUUGGUGAGUAGUCUGUGCCCACUGGCUGCUUCAGUGGGACCAGGGAGUAAGAGCAGGGAUCACCCAUUCUCUCUAGAUUUCUAGAAUUUCAUCUGCUGCUAAGAAAAAGGGGUCUGUGCUGGGGCUGAAGCUGUGUUUUCAUAAGGAUGAGUGUUGGCAUUAUGAGCAGCAGAUAUGUGCAAGGGGGAUGCUGAACUCAGCUGGACAUCUCACCAUAUCCCUGUCCCCCACUCUUCUAUCUGCUCCUGUCCUGCCUUCUUACCCCUUCUCAGCCAGAGUCUGUUCUCAUGCACAUCUGUUAGCAUCCUGGUUGCUCUGAGUUUGCUUUGCCAGCAUACUUUAUCCUGCCCUUACCAUAACUUCUCCAAACCAAAUGCCUCUCAACUAAUUUUUUUUGAUCUUUGCGUGUUAAGGCACACGAGCAGGGCAGGGCUGCGUGGAGGCUUUGUUUUUACAGUUUAACUGGUAAAAAGUCAAAUGUUGGGCAAUGCCACCUCCAUUGCAGCCACGGGAGGUGUGUGUCAGCCCAGCUGCUGUGCUUGGGGGUGCAGGAGUGAGGGGGGAGCCCAAGCCCAGCCCUGCUUUCAGGCAGAGUCUGCGGUUCCCAACUUUGCUUUGCAGGUGCAUGCGCCACAAUGACGGUGAAGAAGACCCAGGCUCUGCAGGAUGGAAGUGCCAAGGAGAACGUGCUGCAGAGGGUGCUGCAGCUGCCCGUGGUGAGCUCCACGUGCCAGACGCUGCAGCGCAAGUACAGCAGCACCAAGGAGUCGCACCCGCUGAUGGCCUCGGUGUGCGAGGUGUACGAGCGCGGCGUGCAGGGCGCCGGCGCCCUGGCCAUGUGGGGCAUGGAGCCCGUGGUGCGCCGGCUGGAGCCGCAGUUCGCUGUGGCCAACAACCUGGCUUGCCGGGGCUUGGACCACCUAGAGGAGAAGAUCCCUGCUCUCCAGUACCCUGUUGACAAGCUCGCAUCUGAACUGAAGGACACCAUCUCCUGCCCCAUCCAAAGUGCCAAAAGCACUAUUGGCAGCUCCAUGGAUAAGAUCAUCGAGCUGGCGGCGGAGGGCUAUGAGGCCACCAAGAGCACGGUAGAAACGACAGCCAAGUACACAAGGAAGAACUCAGUGACCCAGAUGGCAGCUGCAGGGGUCGACACAGCCCUGGGAGGGCUGGAGAAGCUGAUGGAAUACCUGCUGCCAGAGGAGGAUGAAGAAGCAGAUAAGAAGCCCAAAAAGAAACAUCUGUCAACACCAAAGGUGUCCCAGCAGCAGCCCAGCACUACCACCACUCCCAGCACUCCCAGUGCUACCAGGGCUCCCAGUGCUCCCAGUGGUACCAGUGCUACCAGGGCUCCCAGUGUUCCCAGGGCUCCCAGUGCUCCCAGGGCGUACAGCACAACCAGCACUGCCAGCACUGCCAGCGCUCCCAGUGCUCCCAGUGCUCCCAGUGCUCCCAGUGCUCCCAGCACCCUGGGCCGGAUUGGUGCUUUGGUCAGCACUGUGUCCCACCGCGCUUACCAGCAAACCACCCAAAGCCUCCAGCGUGCCAAAACCAAAGGGCAGGAGCUGGCCUCCUGGAUCCCCAUCCUGGGAAGCCUGGCCAAGCCGAGUGCCCCUGCGGCCCCUCAGGCCCGCAGCGAUGGGCAGGGCAGCACGGGCUGGCUGACCCGGAGAGCCAGCAAGGCACCGGAGCAGAAGCAGGAGAAGGCAGGCAAGAAAGACACCAACCCCGCCAAGGCGGCACAGGACCCCGGGCUCGUGGGCAGCGUGGCUCACAACCUGCAAACCGCCUGCGCCUCGGGCAUCUCCAGCGUGAAGAAGGUCCCAGCCGUGGCCUGGGAUGCGGCAGAGGGCUUGAUCCUCUUCACCCCCCGCAGGCUGUCCAGGGCCAUGGAGACUGUGGAUGCUCUCGGGGGGACCCUCGUCAGUGCCCCUAAGCAUCUGCUGGGCACCCUGUACAGCUACGUGCCGCUCCGCAGGCAGUCGGUGAAGGAAGAAGAAGCAUCCAGAGGCACCAAGACCAAUGCAGAGAAAAAAGAGAAGAAGGAGAAGAAGGAGGAGGAGGAGGAGGAGACCAAGCCUGCUGCCCCCUCCAGUGAGGAGAAAUCCCAGCUGAGGAGUGACUGGCGGCUGUACCGCGGCCAUCACCCCCUCUCCUUCCUGGGGCUCGAGGACCCCCUCUUCCUGCGGCACAGCUACUACCGCAGCCCUGCCUUCGACCCCGACUACCCCUUCCCGCGGAAAUCCGCCUUCUCCCCCUACAACCGGCGGGUGAGCGAGGGCUCCUACCGCUUCAGCCCCGAGUCCAUGUACGGCCGGGCCUACUACGGCAACCUGUACACUCCUGUCUUCAAGAAGGACUGAGCCAGCGGGCGGGACAAGCACAUCCCAGCCCCUCUCAAACCCCCUCAGCACGCUUUGCCUGGGCCCCUGCCAGCUUCCCACACACACCCCUGUUCCAGGACGGGAGCUUAAAGUGGUAGACAGGCCAUGGGAUAGCUUGUUCUGGAGUGCAUCAAGGCCAGGAUGGGGGAAUAAAGGCAAGAAAAAGCCCUGCUGCCCGAAGGAGAAGGUAGGGGAAGGUGGGACUAGGAAGGUGAAGGAGAUGUGGAAAGAGCGGUGAGACCAGAAGGGACCAGCCAGGGCUGGCACUGGGCUAUCUUGGACCCUGCUCAGCAGACAGGGUGAACUUAGAUGGGCUACACAUUGAGAGUGAGAGGGGAGGAUGGCAAAGCUGUCAAACAUCACCAUAGCAAGCCUAUUUCCCCAUCCUUCCUCCCUCCAUCCCCCCUUGCAGGCCCCAUCGCUAGGCACAGAUGGCUCUUCCAUGGAGGGGCUGAAGACCCCCACCAACCAGCAGGAUUCAUGAGUGGGAAAGCCCUGGGCACUUCUCUCCCAGCUGGUAGUGGGAUGGAUGGUGGGGUCAGGAAAAAGAACAGGUGGAGCUCCUGGAGCCCCUCUCCCACAGGAUCACCUGGCUUCCCACAACACCUUGUUGUAUCUGCUGCAAUAAUAAACCUGCAAUAAUAAACCACCUGCCUCUCACCCCAUCUGCUCAGCUUCUUUGUGGCAGUGAGACACCAAACCAGGGGAACACAGUGGGGUGAGACCCCAGCUCAGGGCCAAGGGAGUGGGUGCAGGAAGCAU